AGGUGGCGACAGACAAGGUUGCAGGAAAGCUGAGCUCUACUCUCUCAUGGGUGAAGAACACGGUAUCACACACUGUCAGUCAAAUGGCCAGUCAGGUGGCAAGUCCAUCUGCCUCAUUGCACACUACAUCCUCCUCUACAACUCUGUCUACACCUGCAUUGUCACCAUCCUCACCAACACAGCUGAGUCCAGACGACUUAGAAUUACUUGCUAAACUUGAGGAACAGAACAGACUGUUGGAAACGGAUAGCAAAUCCUUGCGAUCAGUAAAUGGGUCAAGAAGAAAUAGUGGAUCUUCUCUGGUGUCUAGUUCAUCAGCUUCUAGCAAUCUCAGCCAUCUUGAAGAAGACUCAUGGAUCCUGUGGGGGAGGAUUGUGAAUGAAUGGGAAGAUGUACGGAAAAAGAAAGAAAAGCAAGUUAAGGAGCUUGUUCGAAAAGGGAUACCUCAUCAUUUCAGAGCAAUUGUUUGGCAACUUCUAUGCAGUGCUCAAAGCAUGCCAAUUAAAGAUCAGUAUUCCGAGCUUUUGAAAAUGACAUCUCCUUGUGAGAAAUUAAUAAGAAGGGACAUUGCUAGAACAUAUCCUGAACAUGAUUUUUUUAAAGAAAAAGACAGCCUUGGGCAGGAGGUCUUGUUCAAUGUAAUGAAGGCUUAUUCUUUGGUGGAUCGUGAGGUUGGAUACUGUCAAGGAAGUGCUUUUAUAGUUGGAUUACUGCUUAUGCAGAUGCCAGAAGAAGAGGCAUUCUGUGUGUUUGUUAAAUUAAUGCAAGAUUACAGACUAAGAGAACUCUUUAAACCAAGCAUGGCUGAACUGGGCCUCUGUAUGUACCAGUUUGAAUGCAUGAUACAGGAGCAUCUUCCAGAGCUUUAUGUGCACUUUCAGUCUCAAAGUUUCCACACUUCUAUGUAUGCGUCAUCAUGGUUUUUAACUAUAUUCCUUACAACUUUUCCACUACCGAUUGCAACAAGAGUAUUUGAUAUCUUUAUGUCUGAGGGUUUAGAGAUAGUAUUUCGAGUAGGUUUAGCAGUACUUCAGAUGAACCAAGCAGAAUUACUGCAACUUGACAUGGAAGGAAUGUUACAGCACUUUCAAAAGGUCAUUCCACAUCAGUUUGACAGUGGUCCAGACAAAUUAAUUCAAGCAUCUUACCAAGUCAAAUACAAUGCAAAAAAGAUGAAAAAGUUAGAAAAGGAAUACACUACAAUAAAGACAAAAGAAAUGGAAGAACAAGUUGAAAUUAAAAGACUGCGGACUGAAAAUAGACUCCUAAAACAGCGCAUUGAAACGUUAGAAAAAGAAAGUGCUUCCUUGGCAGAUAGAUUGAUACAGGGACAAGUGACAAGGGCCCAGGAGGCUGAGGAAAACUACCUCAUAAAACGGGAGCUGGCCACCAUCAAACAGCAGAGUGAUGAGGCCAAUACUAAGCUGGAGCAAGCUGAGAAUACCAUCAGGGAGCUCCAACAGCAGCAGCAAUGGCAUAAAUGCAGUUCACGAUACAGUGAAGACUUUGUGCUACAGCUGGAAAAAGAGCUGGUCCAAGCCAGGCUGAGUGAAGCAGAAUCCCAUUGUGCCCUGAAGGAGAUGCAAGAUAAAGUUCUAGAGAUGGAAAAGAGAAACAGUUCUCUCCCUGAUGAGGAAAAUGUUGCUAGACUACAAGAAGAACUGAUUGCAGUAAAAUUAAGAGAAGCGGAAGCUCUGAUGGGUCUCAAAGAACUAAGGCAGCAAGUCAAGGAUUUGGAGGAACACUGGCAGCGUCACCUAGCUCGUACUACUGGAAGAUGGAAAGAUCCUCCCAGAAAAAACACAGUGAAUGAGCUCCAGGAUGAGCUGAUGACAGUCCGAUUGAGAGAGGCCGAAACUCAGGCAGAACUGAAAGAGACCAAGCAAAGAAUGCUAGAGAUGGAAACCCAGAAUCAGAUCAAUAGUAACCACUUACGAAGAGCAGAGCAAGAGGUUACCAACCUACAGGGGAAGGUACAGUAUCUUUCUGCACAGAACAAAGGACUUCUUGCUCAGUUGAAUGAAGCAAAACGUAGACAAGCAGAGAUUGAAUGCAAGAGUAAAGAAGAAGUGAUGGCAGUACGGCUCCGUGAGGCAGACCGCAUUGCAGCUGUGGCUGAACUCCAACAGCAUAUUGCUGAAUUAGAAAUCCAGAAAGAAGAAGGAAAAAUUCAAGGGCAGCUUAAUAAAUCUGAUUCUAACCAGUACAUCAGAGAACUGAAAGAUCAAAUAGCUGAGCUGCAUCACGAGAUCAAAUGUCUAAAAGGCCAGAGAGACUUCUCAGACCAACCCACUUUUGAUGGGAUUCACAUUGUCAACCAUUUCACCGGAGAUGAUGAAUCAUUUCAUUCUUCUGAUGAAGAUUUUAUAACUAACUCCAUACAGGAGAGUGGGGUGAACUUUCAUCUACACAGGAGGACUGGUCAGAUGGCUUUGGAUCACACAGUUGUAGACAGCAGUGACAGUGAUACUGAGGAAAGUGCCCUUCAGACUGGGAAUUCAGACAAGAUGAUUUCCAACCAGAGAAGAAUGGAAUCUUACUCUACUACUGUGUGAUUAUCACUGUGACUAGCAUUGAAGACUUUUAUAUUUCUAUAAGGGUCAAAUUGUCAGAUAAUUGAAACUGUCCAGCAGUUGGUUUAGGUAACUAUUGGAUCUGGUCUGACCUGUGAUAAAUAUAUACGUACUGUCUAUCUGCCUUUUCUCUUUGCCAAAUCUUGCUAAUGACAUAC